CGGUGAUGAUGGAAACUAUUGAAAAGGCACUGGCUGGUGAAAUUGACUACGUAGGACAGCUCAAAGCUGAGCGUUUACAGAAGAUAAUAAUAUCAGCCACGACUCUCAUUUCUUUCAUAUCUGGUUGGAUAACUUCAAGAAUUGAAGUGACAGCAGUUGUAUACCUUUCUGGAUGUGUCAUUGCUGCGAUUGUAAUAGGUCCAGCUUGGUCAUGUUACAAUAGAAAUACUGUACAAUGGAAUGACAAAGAGAGAAAGAAAACAGAAUAGAUACCCAUUUAAUGCAUUUAUUAUUCUUUUGACGUACAUGCUGUCAUAUUAAACCAUAGCAAUCAUAAAUUUCAUAAUCUAGCGGUGGCCUGCACCUGAAGUCGAACUACCUGAUCCUCUAAGAUCUACGCCACGUCCUUGCGUCGUGUUCUUGAUUGCAGAACCACCUGACAAUUCGACUGGUUGGUCUGCACCUGCCUCGAGGAUUUUUGCGACGACAACGUCAUCUGUGGAUGUACCGAAUACAUUCUCUAAUUGUUGCUUGGAUGCUCUGCCGAUCUUGCCCUGUGAGCCUUGUUCAGUGUAGAAUAUGUCAAAUGCUGUAAAGUAUGAAUCAACUACUUCAACGAGUGGGAUCGUCUUGUCGCCUUCUGACCAUCUCUUGUACUCGUCUGGGUUGACGAUGACACUGAAGGUCUCAUGCUCGACUGGUGAUGGCUUGUAGAAUACUUGAGUGGUUGAUUUUCCCUGCUUAUGUGUUAGCCUUGCUAGGUAGACUGCAUGAAGUCGGGUGCUGAUUGGCGUACAAGCUACUAGCGCUAGAGCGUAUCCUCGAGGCGUGUAAUGGAAACGUCUAGACUAGAAACCCCUCCUUCAAUACUUUAGAAUUCCUGACUCACCAUUUUUCAGAUUGU